AUGUACAAGGAUGACACGAAAGUGUUGAAGGCUCUUGACAAGGCACUGCAGGAUCUGGGCGAUGCAACACGCAUCUCAGGAUUCCGUCUUCCAAAGCGGGAUAAGGGCGGCUAUUUUUCUGGUGCUGCUAAGUUCCAGGCUUUCGAGCACCGCGCCGUGAUGCAGGUCGUAACCAUCGUGCUUGCCGGUCCCCCAUCCUACCUGGCAAAUUCUCCGUGCAUAGCCCAUCCUCUUCCCUCUCCUCAUCCCUUGCAGCUCCCUCCCUCACUUGCUAUUCCUCCCUGCCGCUCCCUACCUGACUUGCUAUUCAUUCCUCCCUGCCGCUCCCUACCUGACUUGCUAUUCAUUCCUCCUUGCCGCUCCCUACCUGACUUGCUAUUCAUUCCUCCCUGCCGCUCCCUACCUGACUUGCUAUUCAUUCCUCCUUGCCGCUCCCUACCUGACUUGCUAUUCAUUCCUCCCUGCCGCUCCCUACCUGACUUGCUAUUCAUUCCUCCUUGCCGCUCCCUACCUCACUUGCUAUUCCUCCCUGCAGCUCCCUCCCUCACUUGCUAUUCCUCCCUGCAGCUCCCUCCCUCAUUUGCUAUUCCUCCCUGCAGAUCCCUCCCUCACUUGCUAUUCCUCCAUGCAGCUCCCUCCCUCACUCCUCAUCUAUUCCUCCCUGCAGCUCCCUCCCUCACUUGCUAUUCCUCCCUGCAGCUCCCUCCCUCACUUGCUAUUCCUCCCUGCAGCUCCAUCCCUCACUUGCUAUUCCUCCCUGCAGCUCCCUCCCUCAUUUGCUAUUCCUCCCUGCAGCUCCCUCCCUCACUUGCUAUUCCUCCCUGCAGCUCCCUCCCUCACUCCUCAUCUAUUCCUCCCUGCAGCUCCCUCCCUCACUUGCUAUUCCUCCCUGCAGCUCCAUCCCUCACUUGCUAUUCCUCCCUGCAGCUCCCUCCCUCAUUUGCUAUUCCUCCCUGCAGCUCCCUCCCUCACUUGCUAUUCCUCCCUGCAGCUCCCUCCCUCACUCCUCAUCUACUCCUCCCUGCAGCUCCCUCCCUCACUUGCUAUUCCUCCCUGCAGCUCCAUCCCUCACUUGCUAUUCCUCCCUGCAGCUCCCUCCCUCAUUUGCUAUUCCUCCCUGCAGCUCCCUCCCUCACUUGCUAUUCCUCCCUGCAGCUCCCUCCCUCACUCCUCAUCUAUUCCUCCCUGCAGCUCCCUCCCUCACUUGCUAUUCCUCCCUGCAGCUCCAUCCCUCACUUGCUAUUCCUCCCUGCAGCUCCCUCCCUCAUUUGCUAUUCCUCCCUGCAGCUCCCUCCCUCACUUGCUAUUCCUCCCUGCAGCUCCCUCCCUCACUCCUCAUCUAUUCCUCCCUGCAGCUCCCUCCCUCACUUGCUAUUCCUCCCUGCAGCUCCAUCCCUCACUUGCUAUUCCUCCCUGCAGCUCCCUCCCUCAUUUGCUAUUCCUCCCUGCAGCUCCCUCCCUCACUUGCUAUUCCUCCCUGCAGCUCCCUCCCUCACUCCUCAUCUAUUCCUCCCUGCAGCUCCCUCCCUCACUUGCUAUUCCUCCCUGCAGCUCCCUCCCUCACUUGCUAUUCCUCCCUGCAGCUCCCUCCCUCACUUGCUAUUCCUCCCUGCAGCUCCCUCUCUCACUUGCUAUUCCUCCCUGCAGCUCCCUCCCUCACUUGCUAUUCCUCCCUGCAGCUCCCUCUCUCACUUGCUAUUCCUCCCUGCAGCUCCCUCCGUCACUUGCUAG